AGGAUCCUACUUGGAACAAUUCUACGUUGUUCAAAUGAGGAGAGUGGUCUAGCUGUUUGGAUUGGACGAUAUACAUGCUGAUUUGGUUGCUUGGUGUCCGAGGAUGAUUAUGCACAGAGGAGUGAAACGCAGGCUUGAGGAGGAGCUACGAGAAGAUGCCACUAGUUAUUCUUGCACGAUGCCACAGAUUAUGUGCGUCAGUAUGUGGAAGCUACAGGGUGUUCAGUAUGAGCCAGAGUCCAACUUGCUGCGUUCUGUACUGAUCUGCAACACACUCAAGCACAUCGAGCGUGAGGUAGAGACGUUGACAGUCAUUGAGUCGACUCCACACUUCCCGCCAAGGCUACCCUACGGUAACAUUAGAUCACCUGCAAUGCAGGAUCGCAUAACGGCGGCAGCAGACAUGGAGGAAAGUGCCGAGGAUGGCAGUGAUAGGCCAUUUUCGUGGUCAGAAGAUUCGUGGUGUGGUGGACCAUCGGGUGGUGACAAAGAAACUAGUCUUGACGUUGGCAGAGAACGUGAAGUCCCAUCGUUAUUACCCCAACUGGAAAGUACUAAACAGUUUAAUCUUACCAAGGUGGUGAAUCACCAGAUACUCAGUAAUGGUUGUCAAUUUCUGUCUGUUCCUGCCUUGAAAGCAGACGACGGGAAAGAGGGAGCCGCGCCACAUUUGAAUCAGGGUAAUUGUGAUCUGCCAACAAUCUGCUACAGCUGCGUCUCUCCCAGUAUCACAGUGCAAGGUGGUUUGUCUAGCUGCAGUACCCUGACGGACUCGGUAAAUUGCCGUAGCAGUACUGACUCGUGUGGGGCUAUCACAUCAGUCGUGGCCAACAGAGUAGUAGUUCCAGGGUCGACUUUGACGUCAGGCGAAGAGGACAAACCACUGUUGACACUGCAAUGGCCCUCCUCAGUCGAUUUUUCGUCGAAGUCACUAAUGAACUUCGGUGACCUUGACAUGUCCUUGUAUGACUAUGAUGCGAGCCUUCCCAGCCUGUCUCCAACAAAGUCUUCAGCAUUGAGUGUAGAAGAGCUGUUUUCUGUUCCCUAUGUUAACUGUCGUGGGAGUGAGAACCCGAUCGAUGACUUGGAGACAAUAUGGCAGCUGCUUGUCGGAGGGAUGGCUUGAGUUCUAGGUAUGGACAUAAUCUGAAAAGGACUUCACAGAUACAGCUUUAUAUCUACGACUAAACUGUACCUUAAUGUAAAUUUGUGUGUGAUAAGAUUGUUAGGUUGUUUUUUUUCUUCAGAGAUAUAUAAUAAUAGUGUGUGAAAGAG